CGCACAUCUCUAAUCCAGCUGGUAAGCCGUAAUGUUCGGUCACUUUAUGUUAUUGAGUAACCAUUAUCAAAUAAUUUUGAAUUUUGGUUUUUUAAGAAUUUCUAAACAAUAUUUUAUUUUAUCGUUUCAUUUUUUACAAAAAAGGUCAUGUACGUAUUUAUACAACUACUGAUGUAUUGACUCGGUUUUUCCGCCAACGAGGAAAUUCUGUGGUAAAUCCGAUGGGUUGGGACUCGUUUGGAUUACCUGCUGAAAAUGCGGCUCUUGAAAGGUCGAUGAGUCCAGCCAUUUGGACUUAUCAGAAUAUAAAAACGAUGGAAGCUCAACUGAAAAGCCUUGGUCUCAAUUUAAAUUGGAGAGAAGCAACAUCAGAUCUAAGUUUUUAUCGUUGGACUCAAUGGUUAUUUUUACAAUUAUUCAAUGAUGUUGAUGUUGAUGGUUCAUAUAUAGCGGUAAAUAAGGACCAUUGGAUGCCUGGAGAAUCCAUCAAAGUUAUAAAUCCUUCAUCAAAUCAAGAGAUGGAAGUUAUGAUCUUAAACGAAAAAGAGCAAGAUAAACUUUCAGGAGAAAACUUCGCAUGUUCUUCCCAUGCAUUAUCAUUUCCAGUCCAUCCCAUUGGACUAUCCAGUUUUUAUAAGAAGCAAGACGUGAGCCGAACUAUUCAUUAAUUUAUUGACUUGUGAUGAAGCGCUCAAAUGACAAACCUAUUUCUGUCAAACCUAUUCAGGGGAAUAAUACACUUAAAUUAAUCAUCUGUGCUCUAGGUAUUUUUGUGUGUUACUUUUAUUAUGGACUUCUCCAAGAAAAAAUUACUCGUUCUAAGUAUGGAUCAGAUGAUGAAAAGUUUGUUUACCCAAUGUGUUUGGUUCUCUGUCAAUGUAUUGUCAAUGCCAUUUUAGCGCAAAUACUUCUUAGAACGAUCAUGAAACAAGGAAAAGAUACCACAAGAAUAUCUUAUUAUUCAUCUUCCGCGUUGACAUACUUUUCUGCUAUGGUUUUCAGUAACAUGGCCUUGCAGCAUGUCAACUAUCCGACACAGGUAGUUGGAAAAUCAUGUAAACCUGUACCUGUAAUGAUUCUUGGCGUAUUGUUUGGAAGAAAACGUUAUCCAGUUGCUAAAUAUUUGUUUGUUAUGAUGAUAGUUAUUGGGGUGAUUCUCUUUAUGUACAAGGAUAAACCAUCGAGUUCGACUGUUGCUGACAAACCAUUACUGGGAUGGGGAGAAAUACUUUUGUUAUUAUAUCUCACAAUGGAUGGGUUGACCGGUGCUAUUCAAGAAAGGAUGAAGUCAGAACACAAAACUCAAUCAUGUCACAUGAUGUUCAACCUUAAUUUAUGGUCUAUUAUUUUCUCAUUGUCAGCUGUGCUAGUCACUGGAGAAUGGCUUCGUUUCCUUAACUUUAUUCAUAAGUAUCCUUAUGUUACUUAUAACAUUCGCUUAUUAAGAUGAUUAAUAGCUAAUAGAUAGAAAAUUAGAUGAAUAAUUUCUCAGUAACUUUAAUUCUGAAAAGCUCUGACUAUUCUUCGUAGAUGUAGUCAAAUAUCGACUUAUAAUCU